AGGUUCUAUUAUUUCCGUUCUAAACUGCCUCCCGGGCCAAACCCGUGGCCAAUCAUCGGCAAUAUAUUACUAUUCAAACGGAAAGAUCAUUGGGAUGUAGUGUUCAGAGAACUGACCAAACAAUACGGCCCGGUAUUCACCUUCUGGUUCUUCAAUAGACCACUAGUGGUCGUGACGGACAUCGAGACGGCCAGAGAGGCCUUUCGGAAGAAUGACUUCGCCGGCAGAGACAUAGCAUAUGUUGCGUCUCAAUUUUCAAAUGAAAAGCAAUCGGACGUAAUAUUUGCCGAUUACGGCCACAAAUGGGAGGCAUUGAGACGAGUGGCACAUUCGGCCGUACAACUUAUUUCAGUGGCCGCCGAUUCAGUCGAUCGUACGGUUAAAGCAAUGAUUGCGAGGGAAGGAGUGGGCAAUGCUUUUGAUCCAAAUAAUUACAUUUACCUAACGUUUCUCAACAUAUUAGCCACCAGUGCUUUUGGCAUUAGUUAUGACUAUGAAGACAAAGAAUUUAAAUUUCUUAAAUACGCUGUGAGUGACUUCGGGAAAGAAGUCGGCAGUCUGCUAAGAAUGACGCCCUCAGAGACGGCNGCUAAGAAUGACGCCCUCAGAGACGGCAAAGAGUCGGCCCCUUAUCUCACGGACGCCAACCUCGGGAUGACUGUAUUAGAUCUGUUUCUCGCCGGAACCGAUACCUCUCAGCAGACAUUUCAAUGGAUUCUACUUCUGAUGACAUACUAUCCAGAAAUGCAGAAAAAGUUGAGGCAAGAGAUUGAGUCCCAAAUCGGAGACCGAAUGCCAACACAUGAGGACAGGAAUCGAUGCCAUUAUGUCAUGGCUUUUAUCGCAGAGACACUGAGAUUCAGAAAUAUUGUACCCCAGGGUUUGCCUCAUAAAGCUGUUGUCAGGAGUACUAUCGGUGAUUACACAAUCCCUGAGAAUUUGGGAAUUCUUGUAUAUCAGGGAAUCAUAUGUUGUAAUGACAAGGAUUGGCAAAACGCAGAAAUAUUCAAACCCGAGAGGUUUUUGGAUAGUGAGGGACAGUAUUUAGUUACCAAACCUAAAGCCUAUAUACCCUUCGGUGUGGGCCGUCGGGUCUGUGCGGGAGAGAAGUUAGCCAUCGCUGACCUGUUCCUGUUGGGUCCUAAUACAACAAAA